AUGACUUCGCAUUUGCGACUUGUCUCACUACCUGCCUUUUGUCUUUAUUUUGCCCAGGAUCAUCCAGAUGCCUGGACUCAAAUAGGCCUUCUCCACCUUAGCAAGCACGAGAUUCAUCAAGCGAAUAAGAAAUUCGAGAGAGUGAUGCAUUUAGCCGAUGCCUAUGCCCGCAUUGCAAUGGGUAAUAUUUGGUUAUCUUCCCUACACCAUCCGAUUCCUGACAAGGAUAAGAGAAGACGUUGCCAAGAGCGUGCUAUUUCCUGCUACAAAUCUGUCCUUUGCGCUGAUCCUCGCAAUAUCUGGGCCGCCCAUGGAAUCGGUUGCGUUCUGGCCCACAAGGGCUUCGUAAACGAGGCACGAGACGUUUUUGCUCAAGUGCGCGAGGCCACUGCUGACUUUGCAGAUGUUUGGAUAAAUAUUGCUCACAUUUAUGUUGAGCAGAAGCAAUACACUGCUUCUAUUCAAAUGGUACCUUUGCUUGCUUAG